UAAAAUUACAAAAAUUAAGAAAAAUAAAUAAUAAUGAAAAAUGGUUCAUUCUAAAUGAAAACAACGAAAGAAUACUAAAGUUGAAAGUUCAGUUAAAAACACACAAAGAAGGUGAAAAGAUAAGACCUAUUAUUGACUUUAAAUACUCUACAUUGUACAAUUUGGAAAAAUUUCUAAAAAAUCGUUUGCAAAAGUACAAAAAUUCCAAAAUUGCUAUACGUAGCACGGAUGAAUUUAUAAAUGAUGUAAAAAACUUAAAUGUCGAUGAAACGCUAAGAAUGGCCAGUCUAGACAUUGUUAACGUGUAUCCAUCAAUAACCUGGGAAAUGAUAGAAAACAAACUAACACAGAUAAAUAUAGAACCAGAAAUUAUAGAUCUAAUAGAGUUCGCAUAUAGAAGCAAUUAUCUUGAAAUUAAGGGAAGAUACUUUACACAAACAGAAGGCAUCAGUAUGGGCUCUGUGAUUGGUCCAAAACUAGCCGAACUUGUGAUGAUAGAUAUAGACGAUUAUAUUAGUAAGAUACCAGGAAUAUACUUUUGUAGGAGAUAUGUAGAUGAUAUUUUUGUUUUGUAUAAGGAAAAGCAAGUUACAUUAGAACAAAUAAAAGACGUAAUAAACAAAAUAACAAAAACUAUACAAUUUACAACAGAAACAGAAAUUAAUCAAGAGAUAAAUUACUUAGAUAUUACAAUAAUAAGAAAAAAGAAUGAAUUCAAAUUUAAGACUUUCAAAAAGUCAAGUUCAAUGCAAACAACAGUAAAAUAUAACUCAAAUAUACCACUAUAUAUAAAGCAAAAUAUAUUUUCUAUGGAAUAUAAUAAGAUAAAAAAUAGAACUAGUAAAUGUAUGGACAUAGAUAAUGAUAUUAAAAGUUUGAAGAAAAAAUUCUUGUUAAAUGGAUACCCCAACAGGUUACUUACAAACUGGGAAGAAAAAAUCAACAACGUAAAUAAUAAAAAGAAUCCUGAAAAGAAUGAAAUAGAUAAUGGAAAGAUUUCAAAUGAAAAUAAAAUGAAAUAUAUUCCAUUUCCUUAUAUUAAAGGUUUAUAUGAAAAAAUUAAUAAAGAAAUAAGACAUACUAAUGUAAAACUUGCCCCGAAAUAUAAAAAUUUUUUUGUAUUGACUCCUCUGUUUCAGCCACCAACCUCCAUUACUAACACCAUGGAAGAGAAUCAAAGAAAGGCACUCCAUCCAACAAUAACAAAAAUAAAUGAACUGGCCAGAUUAACCUGUGUUCAUCAUGCUACACAGCCAAUGCCAGAUUAA